UGUGGAUGUAAGGUUCUGAAUUAUUAGAGAUGUCGAAGGAAGCCGCAAAAGUUAUUUUCCUAUUAUUAUGUGUAAGAAUUUCGUCGGUGUUUGUUAUUAAAACAUUCUUUUCACCUGACGAAUAUUGGCAAUCACUGGAAGUAGCACAUCGCAUAACAUUUGGUUAUGGACACUUGACAUGGGAAUGGACGAAAGGAAUUCGCAGUUAUUUUUAUCCGACUCUCUUUGCUGCCAUUUAUAAAGUUCUGGAUCUUUUAAAAAUAGACUCGCGCGUCUUUUUAAUUCUCCUGCCGAGAAUCUUUCAAGCUCUUAUUGCUUCGUAUGCUGAUUAUCGUUUCUAUGUCUGGUGUAAUCGCAAAAAAUGGUCACUAUUCAUCAUUGUUACUAGCUGGUUUUGGUUCUAUACUGGAAGUAGAACCUUCAUUAAUUCAUUUGAGGCAGCACUAACAACAAUCGCAUUGAGCUUCUUCCCUUGGAAUGAAAAUAGCGAAAACACUGGAUUCUUGUGGAUUACAGCACUGCUGACUUACAUCAGACCAACUUCAGUACUCACUUGGGCUCCUUUAUGCUUCUAUCAUGUUAAAAAGUCAAAAUAUCCAGGAUGGGAACUACUUCUUAAGAGAUAUCUCUUCAUUGGACUGUUUACUGGAUCUGUUUUAGCUGCUCUUGACUCAUACAUUCAUGGAAGCUUUAUAAUCACACCUUACGAAUUCUUUAAAGUCAAUGUUCUUGAUGGAAUUGGCAGUUUCUAUGGAACACAUCCAUGGUAUUGGUACUUUAGUACUGGAUUACCGGCUAUUUUGGGUAUCGGAAUAGUCCCUUUCUUUCUGUCCAUUUUCGUCGCUAUUCAAUCAUGGGAUGAAUCAAAAAGUCGUCAAUACAUUUUGUUCUCAAUUAUUUUGACUAUAUUUGGAUACUCAUUAUUGCCACAUAAGGAAUUCCGGUUCUUAUUGCAAAUUCUACCUUUAUGUCUAUACUGCAUAACACAAUUCUUAUCAGAAUGGAGCCGAACAAAGUCAACAAUUGUUAUUUGGCUAGUUGCUGUUGUCAUUCUCGUCAGUAACGUUAUUCCUGCUGGAUAUCUUGGAUUUGUGCAUCAACAAGGAACACUCAAUGCUAUGGACAAAUUAGCAUCAAUUGCUAGCGAUUAUAAGACAGAAAAUGGACAACCUGCAAAGUUCUUAUUUUUGAUGCCUUGUCAUUCAACUCCUUACUACUCUCAUAUCCAUCAAAAUGUCACUAUGAGAUUUUUGACUUGUGAACCGAACUUUAAAAAUCAAGAAAAUUAUUUGGACGAAGCAGACAAGUUUUAUGAAGCACCAAUGGUAUGGAUUAGAAGACACCUUCCUGUUCAUCCGAUUGACGCACUGCCAACUCAUGUUAUUGUGUUCGAUACUUUAGUGCCGAAAAUUAGUGACUUUUUGUCAAUUUAUAAGCCUCUCGAGAUCUUCUUCCAUGCUGAUCAUUUAGUAUCUCAACGUAAUGGACGGAAUGUGAUGAUUUAUGAACGCACCCAAGUCGCUAAGAAGAAAAUAGAAUCGGAUAUUGUGAAGGAAACACCAGAAGUUAAGCAAGAAGAUCAGAUUCAGGACGAACUUUAAGGAAAAAGUUUCUUAUAGUUUGUUAAAAUUUAAAGAAUUUAUUUCCUUGUCAACUGCCUUAAAAUGGUUUUCUCAAUCAGGUACAAUUUAGUAGGAUAUAGGGAAAUUAACAAGAAACCAUAAUGUGCUGAUGUGACCAUACAAAACUUACUAUUUCAUUUAUAAAAUUAACGAUAUUUUCCCACUCAAAAUUUAAC